AUCUUCUCCUUUCUCUCUCACUGCGUACAUCGCUACUGCCUCACUCUUUGCCCUAAGAGACAGAGCUAGCUAACCAUGGCGGACAAGGCAGUCACUAUUCGUACCCGCAAGUUCAUGACCAACAGGCUUCUCGCCAGGAAGCAAUUCAUUAUUGAUGUACUUCAUCCUGGAAGAGCCAAUGUCUCAAAGGCUGAGCUGAAGGAGAAGUUGGCUAGGAUGUAUGAGGUGAAAGACCCAAAUGCUAUUUUUGUUUUCAAGUUCCGUACACAUUUCGGGGGUGGGAAAUCAACAGGAUUUGGUUUGAUUUAUGAUUCUGUUGAAAAUGCCAAGAAGUACGAGCCCAAGUAUAGACUCAUCAGGAAUGGGCUUGACACUAAGGUUGAGAAGUCUAGGAAACAAAUGAAGGAAAGGAAGAACAGGGCCAAGAAGGUCCGCGGGGUAAAGAAGACCAAGGCUGGUGAUGCUAAGAAGAAAUAAGUCUUAUGCAAACAAAAAAUCUCAUUUUGGGAUUGUGGUCUAUGUAUUUUUAUUUCGGUGUUGAGCCAUAAUUUACUGUUGAUUUUGACUUUGAUUUUGGGGCAAUUCAGUUGUCUUCUCAUAGGGAUAUCUCAUGGUGGGCUUAGAGUACGUGAGAGUUCUUAUUAGUUAGUGUUACUUGUUACUAUUAUUUUAGUAGAGAUCUUUUCCGCACUAGAAGUUUUGUUUGGAUUAACUUUUGAAUGCCAAAUCUUCAAUAUUGGUUGUUCCUCCGA